CCAGUAGCCUGUAUCUAACCAUCAAAAUCUGACAAAUAAAGUAACAUAAAAAGAGAUGAUUAAUACGAUACACCUAAAUAUGGAACCUACAACUUGUGUUUUGGCUCUUGAGUCAGAUAUGAGAAACAUCAUGAAGUUUGCCAGAGCUAGCCCUAACUUUAUGCUCCCAAACCUUGAGAAUCUAGUCUAUGAACUACCUGGUGACCAAAGUCCACCAAGAUCCACGAAACCACAGACUUAAGCUGCCAAGAGCCAUGAUUUGCAACUAGUACCUUAGCAGUGGCAUCUGUUCUUGGACAUGACUGGUAGAAUCCCAACCGACUUACGCCCUACUCUUCGAAAGAGGUUGAGGGCCCAUGAACUGUAUACCAGAUUUGGAACUGUCAAAUUAUCGAAUCCCGAUUGAUAACAUCUGCCAACACUUUAAUGCCGCCUCAACAAUUGAUGUCUUUCUGCAUGUGUUGGUUAUUGCUUCUGCGAUCAGAUCUCCUAUUGCUUGGCGUAUCCCAGCCCCUCGGACAAAAGGAAAACCAAAUCUGUCAAUGUCCAUGUUACAAGGUAUACAAUUCUCAGGGGUUACUUGUCCUGGCAGGGGGAGGGUAUAUGAACCCCUGCAGUAGGAUUCGGCCUGGUAACGUGCCUUUGCCUCGGAAACCGGAUGCCACUGAACUCAAUCAUGUGUCAAGAGUGAUCUUCGAACCGGGCGUAACGCGGCAAACGGGCCUUAAUGUCAAUCAGGGGUUGUUUCAUUUACGUUGUAGGCGGUAAUUAGACGGUUUAGAAUACGACUAAUACAACCUCAAAGACCGUGCUUAGGCAGCGCUAAUUCGUUAGUGACCCGGUAGUCCAG